GUCAACCCAGGAAGUAAGGCGGCGCAAAGAGGAAUCAGGGAAGGUGACUUGAUAUCUUCAAUAAAUGGUCAGAGCACCAAGGACUUGUCCAACUCAGAUGCCCACGGGCUACUCAGGAAGUCUGGAACAACAAUCUAGUGACAAAAAAGUCACCGUUGCCUUCAAGUUCUUCGAAUCAAUCUUCUCCAACACUUUUCAAAGAAGGUGAUUUCAGAUACACUUCCACAGAUUUCGCCGAGGCAUCUCCAAGAUCCUCGUACACAAACUGUACUCUGAGUCCUUCUAGUCCAUCGAUUCUUUCAGAAGACGGAACCUGUGACGUGACGUCCGAUAAAGAAACAGCACUAGAAAACAUGAGCGACACCCAAACCAGCUCGAAGUCGCAAAGGCGCAGGCAGCGGAGGAAAAAUCGUAAGACGCACGAUAAUAACCAAAAUACUCAAACAUUCUGUGAUAGUAAACUAGUGCUAGAACCCUGUAGAAUCCUUCAAGAAGAAUACCUAGUUCAAUCACCAGCUGAACUCGUUAAAAAGUCCACCAAAGCCAAGCCUGUGAAGAGCAGAAGCCUCGACGAUGACGACAUGGUGAACAUUCAAGAAGUCUCAGAAACUAGCGAGGCAGAAGACAAAGAAAAAGACACUCAAGCCAUAGUUUCAGAAGCAUCUGAAAGCGAGGUGGAAUGGGAAGAAACCCUGAGCUUAGCAGCGACUUCAACUCCUCUCCAAGGGUCGUUGAGCACUUUCACUCUACCUCUGGAAGGUUUCAGCACGGACCAAGUCACCCUGAUAUCCCCUGAGGAGGAAAAAUCGCUGCGAAACUUUCUGGAAAGUCUGAACCUGGUGAACGGUCCUGAAGAAGCAGCAUUACAAAUCUACGAGAAGAGCACCGUAGAAAGUAUAAAGCAACGUAAAGCUAAGAAAAGAGCUGCAUUGGAGGAAUACUUCACCCCACUCAGUCAGAACUCUAGGUUCUUGGACGCUAUAAGUGAGGAAGCUAGCGACAAAGACAGCGACAAGGAGCAGCCGAGUCUCACCAGGCAUUUGAAACAAGGAACGCCAGAACUCGAUGUGCCUCCAAAAGUUCCUUCCAGGACUAGCAGGCAGAGGAGGCAGGCUUUACCCCCAAAAUUCUCCGCUCCCGUGGAGCAGGCCCCUGCCGUCUUAGUUGAUGCAAAAAUCCUGGAAAACCCGUCAAUGUCUGAGGGAUACUGCAGUACUGUCAGAACCGAAGAAGCCUCAGCGUCUACUGUGGAGGUAGUUUUUCUUACUUCAUCUGGUACCGACUCUCCAGAAGAAGUGGAAAGUAGAAGUAGUGACAGCUACGAGUUGGAAGCUGGACAGGUUGAUAAAGAAGAAUCUGAAGUUGAAGCAGAAACUACGGCAGAAAAAUACGGCAACACAGUCAAAAGUGAUCACCUUAACGAGAGUUGCGUGCUUCAAGAAGUUUCUGGGUGCAAUGAAACCACUCAAAGCACCUCCUCGACGCAAUAUAGCUUCACAUUGAAAACUGACAAGGUCGAAGAAAAUCAGACAAUAAUGCUCUUGUCCCAACUCACUCCACCUCCUACACCAGAAAACUUGUCACCCAAGUAUAAAAAUAUACUGGGAUCAGAGGCAGUUGAAGAUUCCCUGCAAUCUGAUGUACAUAGCUGCGCUGUAGAAACUCAGUACACCAAGUUUGCUGAUACAGAUCUGAAUACCAAACCCGAAGAUACUAUUCUAGACCAGAAAAUCAAACUGGACCCUAAUGUGGAAACCAGUGAAGUAUAUACGAAUGUCAUAACACCCCCACCGCCAUCUAGAUCUUCUUCCAGCAGCAGAAGUUCGAGCAGAGAGAGCUCCCUAUGUACCGCCAAGUAUAAUCCAUCAACAUCCUCUAUAAUUGAGAUUUUAUCAAGAGAAGAAGAUGAUGAUAGUUGCACCCAACCCCUUACUCUUCGCGAGCUAUGUUUGAAGCUCCUACUGACGCUUCCCCAUGGCCAAGAGAUGCUACAAGAGCUAGCUGAAGUUUCCAAGCAAAUAGAUUCCUUCACUAGAUCCCUUCCCAGUACCUUUUUACCUCAGAUAGUCCCUAUAGCACACUUCACAAGUACUACAAAUACAGACGUUAAUAAUAGUUCUUAUAACCUUUCAGUCCAAAAAUCCCACAAACGAUUGCCUUCCGAAGAGGAAAGGGAACAAGAACAAAAGGAAAGUACUGAAGAUUCGACGAAAACGAGUGUGGGGGUGACUUUUUUGAGUAGGGGUACCAUAGGGGGUGAGAAAGACAAAAGUGAUUCACUGUUAGGGCAAGAUGGUUUGAAAGAUCUGAGUCAGGUGAAGGAAGAACAAUCCAAGCAGCUGAGUAGUUUGAGUGUUGAAACGACCAAAACAGCAGAUACAGGUGAAAGAGAAAAAAUUUAUAUUCACGAACCAACUUCAAGAGAAACAGUCAUUCCAAUUCAACUUGAAGUGGAAAGGGAUAUACCAAUUGUCAUCGAGAAAGCUAUUCCCAAAAGUAAAGAAAUUGUUAUACCAAUACAAAAAGAUUGGUUAGAUCUAAAGAGCGAGGAAUUCUCCCAGUCCUCAACAGCCUCUGCUGAAGACAAAAUGAAACAGAGACAAAUGCCGAUGAAAAAUGAUUGGUUUGGUUUGGCUUCUGGUGGUGACCUUUUGCCUCAGAAAGGGCAAGAAAAGGGGGGUGAGAAGAUUCCAGAUGGGUCCAAUAAACUUCUGAAGCUGCACGAGAAGUACGUCAACACAAAAAAUAGCCAAGAGGAAGUCAAACAAAUAGAAGAAACAAGCCUGAGUAGUCCUGGAUGCAACAGGCUGCUGACCAUCAUAAAGGAGGAACCUUCUACAACUGUGGAAGACAGUAACUACAUAUAUUUCGUAGAAAAGGAACCAAAGGCUGCCUCAACGUUGCCAAGAGAGACAGCAAGGCUGCAUGCCAAAGAUCUAUCAGAAUGGCUGAAUUUAGCCAGAAACAAGAGCAUGAGUGAAAGCAAUUUGAGUGCUGUUCCAGCUAUUCCCGAAAAUAACUUGAGGAGCUACUUUGUUAUGCAGUCAACGCCUGCAGCACCUCGUCGACGCACGUCUCUUCCCCAGGUUCUCUACGAGAAACAACUUCUCUACAUCCAGGAGAAGGAAAGAGAAAUCCAGCGGCAGCUUGAACAGUUAGAGGAGGAGAAGAGGUUGUUGAAUGCCGAAAUGGAACCCUUGAGGGAGUUUCAAGCCGAAGACUUCUACUUCUCUCGCAAAGGUGACUUCGCUGAGAACAGACAAAGGCACUCCAUGCCUGCCAUCCCCACCGAAAUUUUCCGUCAGCAAAUGUACGAGGAGUACAUGGACAAGUUCGCGGAGCGAGAGGAACGUAAGCAGCAUAAGGUCAUCAAGGUUACCUCAUCCAAGGACUUAAAUCCGGUCGGCGAGAAAGCCGGAGCUAGGGAAAUUGUUCAUCCCAUCCAGAUUGAGGAUGAGUUCAUGGACAAGGUGAAGCAGAAGCAAAGAGAGGGGAAGUUGGAGAAAGUGAAGAGUUUGGACAUUGACGGGAGUGUCGCGUUCGUGGAAGAAGGAGAUCCCGUGUUGGUGAUCGACGGCGAGAAGCUGAAGGAGGCGAAAGCGUUGCCGAAACAUCUGCAAGAAUUUGUAGGAGACGACGGUGAGUUUUGAUGUGAUGUGAAUUAGAUAUUUGGACUAAUAUCGCUGUAUCACCUACUAAUGUUGAAUAAAUAACGUUCUGAAUG